AUAAUUAUUCCUCCCAUUACUGCGUCACAUUCCAUAUCUGCGUCAGUUUUGUAUCGGUUUCGAUAAACACGUGUGUGGUCGCAUUUUGCGACAUUUUGUUUCGAGUGUGAGAUUCGUUGGGAAAAUCGUAUAGAUUUAGGAAAAAUGUCAUAGAUUUCCAGGAUACCCAGCAGAGAAAGCUUACUUCACAAGGUAACAUAAAGACUUUCUGGUGGCAGAGAGCAUCAGAAUUCAGAUAAUACUUGCACCAGCCCACUGCUUGAGUGAACCACCAUGGCGGGCAUGCAGGUGCUGUUUGAGCACGCCGCCGGCUACGUGCUGUUCGGCGUCAAGGAGUUCGAGGAGACGGGCAUGCUGCUGCCAGAGGUGGAGGCCUCCGUCACCGACCUGGCCAAGUUCAACUCGAUCGUCCACCUGACGGGCUUCGCGCCCUUCAAGACCGGCGCCAACGCCCUGGAGAACAUGAACGCCGUGUCCGAGGGCAUCGCCACCGAGGACCUGCAGCUGUUCCUGGACACCAACCUGCCCAGCAAGCGCAAGAAGGUGGUCCUGGGCGUGUCGGAGCCGAAGCUGGGCGCCGCCAUCUCCGAGGCGCUCGGCGUCAAGUGCCAGCACACGGGUGCCGUGCCCGAGAUCCUGCGCGGAAUCCGGCUGCACGUCCACAACAUGGUCAAGGGCUUCACACUGGUCAACUCGGGCAAGGCGCAGCUCGGUCUCGGCCACAGUUACUCGCGUGCCAAGGUCAAGUUCAACGUCAACAAGUCGGACAACAUGAUCAUCCAGAGCAUCGCGCUGCUGGACCAGCUGGACAAGGACGUGAACACGUUCUCGAUGCGCAUCCGCGAGUGGUACUCGUAUCACUUCCCGGAACUGGUCAAGAUCGUGCCCAACAACUACAUGUACGCGCGCUGCACGCAGCUCAUCCGCAACCGCAAGGAGAUGACUGAGGAGAUCAUCCCUCAGCUCGAGGAGAUCCUCAUGGACUCGGCCAAGGCGCAGGCCAUCUACGAGGCGUCCAAGUCGUCGAUGGGCAUGGACAUCUCCCCACUGGACCUGAUCAACAUCGACAUGUUCGCCAAGCGUGUGGUGGCGCUGUCCGAGUACCGCACCAGCCUGCAGAACUACCUGAAGGAGAAGAUGGGUGCGGUGGCGCCCAACCUGGGCGAGCUGGUCGGUGACACGGUGGCCGCGCGCCUCAUCUCGCACGCCGGAUCGCUCACCAACCUGGCCAAGUACCCGGCCUCCACGGUGCAGAUUCUGGGCGCCGAGAAGGCCCUCUUCCGUGCGCUCAAGACACGCGGUAACACGCCCAAAUACGGCCUUCUCUUCCAUUCCACCUUCAUCGGACGCGCCGGUGCCAAAAACAAGGGACGCAUCUCGCGCUAUCUCGCCAACAAGUGCAGCAUCGCCAGCCGUAUCGAUUGCUUCUCAGAGACAACCAACACCGUUUUUGGUGAGAAGCUUCGCGAACAGGUUGAGGAGCGACUCAAGUUCUACGAGACUGGCGAGAUCCCACGCAAGAACGCCGAGGUCAUGAAGGAAGCCAUGGAUGAGAGCGUCCUGGUGGAGGCCAAGUCAGAAAAGAAGAAGAAAAAGAAGAAGAAGAAUAAGAGUGAGAACGGCGAAAAUGGUGACACUACGCUGGAUAUGUCACAAGUUGAAGAUGCUGAGGAGCCGAAGAAGAAGAAAAAGAAGCGUAAGCAUCUGGAUGAGGUGAACGGGGACUCGACAAUGGAGCUAAAUGACACUCAGGAGGAGGCCACUCCCAAGAAAAAGAAGAAGAAGAACAAGGAGCUGGAGAUGGAAUACGGCGAGUAGAGAAGCCGACAUCCGCUCGUGACCAGUCCAGUGGGCCAUUUACUGGACGCGCUGGGGGCUAUUGACGCCGUGCGGCUGGGUCAGACGGGUAAAAGUGUCUGGCAGACGAAAUGGUAUGCGGUUGUUGGUCUUAGACGAGUGGUAUUUUAAGAUGGCGCUUUUGAUCGCGAGGAACGUGGAUACAUCGCUGCCACGCUUAUUUUUGAACCAUAAACGUUGUUCGCGUUUUUUUUUUUCGGGAUAAUAAAAGUGAAGGCGUCAGA